CUUUUUCUUCUUUCUCUUUUUCUUUUAUUUAUACAACAAUGUCGGUUGCACCAUGGUUUCCACUUUUAUCGCAAAGCUACGAAAAGAAUUACGCACGAACAGAUCAAGUGUAUCUUCCCAUGUGCAAUAUUAAACGAUCUGGAGAAAUCUCAAUGCAUAACCUUAAAUUUAACAAGAUGCUAGAGAAUGGAUUCCUUCAGUUUAUCUUUGCCAUGAACGAUCAUAUCUUGAUGGGUGACAUUAAAUCCAACCCCAACGCAAAGAUCAACUGGACAUUUUCGACCCAGGAAUACUAUAAUUUCAAGGGUAAAUUCUAUAUUGCCUCUGCACCUAUUCAAGUCACACGGUUUCCUCCACCCAAGAUAAGCAAUGGGUCUGAUAGUAGUGCGGUGGAGGAAUGGGAAGAGGAACGUAUACGACAAUGGAAAGGACUGGAUCCGGAGACAAGAGCUACUUUUACUUGGCCUUCGCGAGGAGAAAUACCCCAGUCUUCCUCUGUAGCAUUUUCUUGUCGCUCACUUGGUACAGAUGCCUCUGUGGUACAUGAUAUUGCGCUUGAUAAUUUCUGUUUAUUAGUUUAUAAAGUCACACAUGUGGAGUAUUUCAACUAUGCCACAUUUCCACCCAAACGCUGCGUCUAUACGCUGGAUCUCAAGAACAGUUGCUGGGAUACGCAAACAUCGAAUCCAUAAAGGUCAUAAAUUUUAUAUUUUAAUUCAAUUAAUUUAAGUGUGUGUAACAGUAGACCCCAUGGUGUAUGUGUAUCACACUUUAUUUUUGAUUUUACACUUUCUUUGCAUGUGUCAGAGAUGAGCUGUUCAUUUUACGUGUAUAUGGGACGACUUUUUUUUUUUUUUAAUAUGGCGCCUCACGGGGAGGUUGAUUUAUAAUGAAAUGAUUGUUCAGCAG